AUGGCUGAAACUCAGAAAAUUACUUUCAAGUCUGUAGCAUGGCUCCAAUUCUUACUGUUUUUUUCUGUAUCAGAUGAUACUGGAAAUCGACUUCGGUUCCAGCUGGAGUUAGAGUUUGUUCAGUGUCUGGCAAAUCCAAAUUACCUCAACUUUCUUGCACAAAGAGGCUACUUCAAAGACAAAGCUUUUGUAAAUUAUCUUAAAUAUUUACUUUAUUGGAAAGAACCUGAAUAUGCAAAAUACCUGAAGUAUCCUCAAUGUUUGCAUAUGUUAGAGCUGCUCCAAUAUGAACAUUUCCGCAAAGAACUGGUAAAUGCUCAGUGUGCUAAAUUCAUUGAUGAGCAACAGAUUCUUCACUGGCAGCACUAUUCACGGAAAAGAAUGCGCCUCCAGCAAGCACUUGCAGAGCAGCAGCAACAAAACAACACCUCUGUGAAAUGAAGAACACUUGGAAGCAUGAUGAUAAGGCAUACUUUGUGUCAGCUGAAGUAUUUACAAGAGAGGAAUGAACCCUUUUGUAGGUUUGGCUCUGAGUGUGUGUACAGUUAAUUUUUGAUUUAUCAAGUGACUGGGUUGUCUUUUUUUUUCAUCAACUUUUUUAAAGAUACAAGACUGAUAAACAGCUACUUCUGCAAUUUA